CGAUUGACCGGGAUUGGAGAGAAUGCGACUUCAAUCAAUCGUACCUGUCAACGAUGAUAAGCAUGGCAGAUGUGGCGCAUCAUUUCGCUAACAUAAUUUUCAUUUUCAACGUCUUUGUCGCAUUCUCUCUUUCAAUUGGCGAGCACUUCGUUCAGUCGAUGAACGAGGACAAUCGACUCGCCAACAGCACCCGAGAACUCCCAAUCAAGAUGGAAUUUCCAUUUGAGGUUAGCAAAUCGCCCAUUUUCGAGUGCUUUCUGAUCGGGCAAUUUCUCUACGACAUGGUGAUUGCUUGCAUAGUCGGUAUGGUGAACUCUUUGCUCGUCUCUUUGGUACUCCAUGUGAGCGGUCAAAUCGAUAUAAUGCGGCAGAACCUGGAGGAAUUUUCUAAUAACAAGUCCGAUCCCGAUACAUUUUUUAUUAUUAUUAAAAAUCUUAUUGUCAAACAUCAGCAGAUCAUCUCUUUAUCGGAGAAUAUUGAGGAUCUAUUUUCGUUGAUCACAUUGAUGCAGAUUCUAUGGAAUACCAUAGUUAUUUGUCUCACCGGUUUUGUGAUCAUAAUUACUAUCGAUAAGGACGUAGGUAUAACGAGUUUGAUGAAAUCUGUGAGUUAUUAUAUCGAUAUAAUGCUGGAGAUUUUCAUAAUCUGCUUUGCUGGAGAAUUUUUGAGCGCCAAAAGCAAGUCAAUUAGCGAUGCACUAUACGAAACACUGUGGUACAACAUGUCGCCGAGUGACAGCCGGAUUUUAUUGUUCAUGAUCUUAAGGUCUCAAAAGCGACUGACAAUUACCGCGGGCAAAGUCAUCGACUUGACUUUGGAAGGCUUUACAACUAGCAAGUCAAUCGACGACGCGAUGUAUAAGUCGCUCUGGUACGAUAUGCCGUCGAACGACAGCCGCAUUUUGCUGUUUGUGAUGCUGAGGUCGCAAAAGCGGCUGACCACCACCGCGGACAAAGUUGAUUUAACUUUGGAGAGAUUUACGAGCGUACUCCAUCUGAGCGGUCAAAUCGAUAUCAUGCGGCAGGACCUGGAGGAAUUUUCCAAUAACAAGUCCGAUCCCGAUACCUUUUUUAUUAUAAUUAAAAAUCUUAUUGUUAAACAUCAAAAGAUCAUCUCUUUAUCGGAGAAUAUUGAGAAUCUAUUUUCGUCGAUCGCGUUGAUGCAGAUUCUAUGGAAUACCGUAGUUAUUUGUCUCACCGGUUUUGUGAUCAUAAUUGUACUGCAUGUAGGUAGCCAGAUUGACAUUCUGAGACAAGAUCUGAUGCAAAUAUCCAUCAAAAACGAUCCCUGUGAGUCGUUAUUCAUCAUCAAGGAUCUCGUUUUCAAACAUCGGAAAAUUAUCGCUCUGUCAGAUAAAAUAGAAAACGUGUUUACGGCCAUUGCGUUGAUGCAACUGCUGUGGAACACUUUGAUCAUCUGCUGCAGUGGUUUGAUGAUCGUGAUUACCCUCAGCACCAAUAAAAACGUUAUAGUUUUGGCGAAGUCUAUGCUACUUUACGUUGCUAAGACAAUCGAAGUGUUUGUAUUCUGUUACGCGGGAGAAUUUUUAAGCGCCAAGAGUAAAUCGAUCAGCGAUGCGGUGUACGAGUCGCUAUGGUACGAUAUGUUACCGACCACUAGUCGCGUUUUAUUGUUCAUAAUAGUGCGAUCCCAAAAACGACUGACAAUCACCGCCGGGAAAGUUGUUGACUUGACUUUGGAUGGAUUUAUGAGUGUUAUGAAAGCGUCUGCUUCUUACAUGUCUGUGUUACAUGCGAUGUAUUGAAUUUGGAGAAAUAUGAUCCAUUUGCGGUCGCGUCUAAGG